AUGGCUCGAGGGCUUGCGCGCAAGCUCACAGAGCUCAGUAGUCGUGUGAAAGCAGCCGCUGUAAGCUGUGAUGCUGAGGAAAAGACAACCUCGGGUCGGCAAUCUCCUCUCACCCUCAAUGUGCCUGGUCAACAGACCGCCCCCAAGGGGACAGCUUCUGGCAACACUCAAGGACGCAGCUCACGUCAGACUUCUCCAGCUCGUCUCUCCACCGAGCUCACACUCAAGGUGAGAUCUCAAAUGAGUCGUUUCAAUACUAUAAAACUCAUUGCAGACGCGAAGGUUGUUGACCCCGAGAGCACAUCACUAGGGGAGGUCAAAGCAGCGCUGUCUCAAUUGGAGGAGCUACACAAGGCGUUCUUGAAGGAGCACGCUUAUUUCGAGAUAACAUGGCCUGAGGCAUAUUUGGAUUACGAUUUUGCGGACAACAUCCAUGAAAAGGAAGCUUAUCUCGUGAUCUCAGCUAAGCUACUGCUCAACAAGGUCAAACAACGACUCACACCAUCUUCACCGCGUGCAGCCUCUCCUGAUCCGGAAAAGCCAGUCCACUCACGUUUGCCAGACAUUAAGUUGCCCAAGUUUAAUGGUGAUUACUCAACGUGGCCCACCUUUCGUGAUCUUUUCUCCUCUGUAAUCUUGCAGCACUCAAAGCUCAAUGACGUGGAGAAACUUCAUUAUCUCAGAGGCUGUGUGCAGGGCUCAGCGGAACAGCUCAUUCGAGGUUUGCCUCUCACCGGGGAAUCUCUUCAGCCAUCCUGGGAUCUGCUCACCUCGAGGUUUGAUAAUAAGAGACUCAUUAUACAGGCUCACCUUGACGGUCUCCUUAACCUCUCACAUGCCUUACCCAAGAACGCCGCAUCGCUCACCAAGCUAGUCUCAACGGUGUCCGAGAUUGAUAAGGCUCUGUGUUCGCUUGGCAUGGCGGAGCACAUGUGGAAUUGCUUCUUGGUCCAUCACGUGUCACGCUUCCUGGAUAGAGACACCAGAGAGGCGUGGGAAACCUCGCUUGGAUCAUCUCAAGAGUAUCCGCGCUUUGCGAAGUUUGAAACCUUCCUCAAUGCCAGGGCGAGAGCAUUGGAGAGAGUGGAGGCUGCACCAUCUUCCUCGGGCAACUCAUCGAAAGUCACACCCAGCUCAUCUAAAUCUGCUAACAAAAAGGCGACUGCUCACCAAGUAUCUGCUCCCACACAUUCCCAGUCAUUCUCUGCUGCGGCCCACCCGUGUGACCUGUGCAAUGGACAGCACUUCAUUGUAACGUGCUCCAAGUUCAGGGAUCUCACGCCAGCACAACGGAAGACCACCGCUAUCGACAAGAGGCUGUGCUUCAAUUGUCUGGGGCGCCACAAUGUCCGCUCAUGCAGAUCCGCGCUGAGCUGCAAGACAUGCUCAGCCAAACAUCAUACGAUGCUGCAUGUGGAACAGUCUGCGGCUGCACUGACCCCUGCUCAACCUGCCUCAUCACCAGCUCACUAG